AUGACUGAACCAACUGUUUCUGCCGAAGAACCUUCAACUACUGCUGUUCCAGCAGAUACAAAACCCAUUGAAGAGGCAAAACCAACUGAAGAGGCAAAAGCCGAAGAGACAAAAACCGAAGAGGCAAAACCAACCGAAGAGUUAAAAACCGAAGAGACAAAAACUGAAGAGGCAAAACCAACUGAAGAGGCAAAACCAACCGAAGAGGCAAAACCAACCGAAGAGAAAAAAGAGGAUACUAUUGAUACAGCAACAACAAAACCUGAUGCUGGUGCUGAACCUACAACUACUCCCAAAGAAGUUACUACCUCUAACACCGCAGAAAAUAGUGAAGUAAAAAAAGAUGAUGAUAAAAAGGAAACUAAUAGAGAAGUUGUCAAAACUGAAGAGGAUAAAGAAGAACUUAUCGAAACUGGUGACGUAAUUACCCUUAAAAGUGGCAUAUUUUCUUCAAAAGCUGCUCAUUAUGCUGCCUUUGGCACUGAUGAACCAAUUCCAUUGGAAAAAUUAACUCAAUAUUAUAGAAAACAUAUUAAAACAACCAAACCCAUCACUCCUUCCCAUUCUUCUUCUAAUGAUUCAAAAAAACCAACAACUGAAGCUCCUGAAAAAACAAAGGAGGAAAAGGAAUCAACUGAAGCUGCAGCACAAGCGGUUGAUAGAUCCAAGAAAAAAAUUGAAUCAAAUAAAGCUCUUUAUAAUAAUCUUGCUCAUGCUUCUAUAACAGGAAAAGGCCUUUUAGUAUAUUACAAGACUAAAAAUGAUUAUGACAAUAAAGAACCAUUUGGUAUUAUUAAUCUUAAAGAUUCAAGUGUUGAUUCCGAUAGCAAAGGUUAUCAAAAUUUUACAAUAAAAACUACGAUUCGUGAUUAUAAUUUUACCGCAUCAAGUCAUAAUGAUAAAAUAAAAUGGGUAAAGUCUAUUAAUAAAAAAAUUAUUGAAGCAAAAUCUUUGCCACCAAUUGAAGUUCAGGAUACUUUCAAAGAAAUUUAUCAAAAACUUGAAGGCUUUACUAAAUUGGUUAAUGUUCCUAAUGUUACUUCAGAUUCAGAUAUACUUUCUGAAGAGGAUGAUCAUCCACAAAAAACUCCAAUUUCUGAUAAACGUAAAACGAUUACCAACUUCUUUAGUUCACUUAUAAAAGAUCCAUCUACUGAAACUCCUCAAUCUUUAACUACAAGCGAGACAACUACCACCACCGAUGAUACUUCUAAAACACCUCAAAAACAAAAAAGCUAUUUUAUUAAUUUUCUUACAAGAAAAAAUACUUCUGAUGUUGCCACAAAUGAAGCUACCGAAAAUGCUACUACUACACCUGAUGCUAGUGAUGAGACUACUACCGGUGAUAAAGCUGAGGAAAAACCCGAAGAAAAUGUUGAUGACACAACACGUGAUGCUGCUACUAAAGAACAAAAAGACUCAUCAUUCAUUAAAAAUUUAAUUAGAAAAGCUGUAAAUGAAGUAACUAGUGUUGUUUCUUCUACAUCAGCCCAUGAAUUAACUAAAAAAUUCAUAAAUCGUAGUAAAACAUAUUUACAAAAAGCAAAAAGACCUGAUAAUAGUAGUACUAGAGAAGUAGAAACACCAGAUGCUACCACAGGAAAAACUGACGAAGUAACUAAAACUGAUACAACUGCCGUUGCUACUUCCACUACUGAUGCAAAACCUGAUGACAAAAAAGAAGAAACUAUAGCAGAAGAAACCAACGAACCUGUUGCAAAAACGGCUGAAGAUACUUCAACUACUCCAGAAACAACCGCACCAACUGAAAAAAAGAAGGGCAUUUUUAACAAAGAUAAGCGUGAUAAAGAAAUACUCCAACCCCGUAUUGAUGACAGUAUAAAACAUGGCGAAUUAUUUAAAGUGUCACAAAUUCUUAAAAUACAUGAUAAAACAUAUUUCGUACUAAAUAAAGACGGAACCUUAACUUACCUCAGUAAUAAAAGAGAAAAAAACAUAGAUCUUACAGGUGCUGAGGUUAAAAAAGUUGAUCCCGAUAGUAAAGAAAAAACAGUGGAAAAAGAAAAACCCGAAGAAAAAGAAAAAACAGUGGAAAAAGAAAAAACAGAGGAAAAAGAAAAAACAGAGGAAGAAAAAAAACCAGAGGACAAACCCGAGGAAGAAAAAUCUGCGGAAAAAGAAAAAAUUGUGGAAAAAGAAAAACAUGAAAAACACAAAUAUUAUAUAGAAAUUGAUACAAAAGCUCCAAGAACUUAUAAACUUUACACUGAAGAUAAGAAACUUCGUGAUGAAUGGCACGAUGCUAUUCAGGAAGCCAUAUCCUUGAAAAACCAGAAAGAAUCAAAAAAAGAAUUGCUUCCAACUAUUGCACAAUCAGAUCGUGAUUUUACAGCUGAAGUUCAUGAUGCUACAAAGGUAGAAAAGGUAGAAGAAGAAUCAUCACAAGGAAAAGAUACCACUAAAACAGAUGAAACCACUGUUACCGCUCCUGUUGACCCUAAACCUACAAAAACUGAUCCUGAGCCUUCUACUAAGGCUGAGACGGUGCCAUCUGACACAACAGCGUCGUCAUAA